AUGAGUUUGUUGUACAACAAUGCAUCCAGGCUGACUCAGCAAGUACGCCGAGACCUCGAGCAGUUUGAGAAGAAUCCUGUGACAGCUGCACCGGCUCUACUUGGACAGAUAACCACCACAAUCAACAAUUUAGGCCGAACGUUAGCCGAUUAUGAAAUGUAUAUAAAGAAUCAGACACUAAGUUUGAAUGAAUCGCAGAAGGUGAAGAAUCAGAAUCGAUUAGAGAACUUGCAGAAGGAAUAUUCGGAGUAUAAAGUACAAUUUUCCGGCCUACGCAAACAAAGAGAAGAAGCACAGGCGGAGCAGAACAAAAGUCAAUUAUUCAGUAACAGAUCGACAGCUAUUUCUGACAAUCCUUAUGAGGAGAAUGGGAUUACUAGUCGUCAAACAAGGGCUGCUAAAGAGAAUAAUGAAAUUAGUGACAGUGGAAUGACUAUGCGAGAUGGAUUAUACAAAGAACAAUCCACUUUUGAACGAUCAAACCAACAAUUAGAUGAUAUUUUAGAGAUGGGCAGACAGGCGUUCGAUGACUUAGUGGAACAAAACGAGAUUGUAGGGAAGAUGAGGGAUAAAAUGAACUCGUCUUUGGAAACCAUGGGUGUUUCAAGAGCAACGAUCAGACAGAUCGAAAAGAUAGCAUUUGAAGACAAGUGGAUCUUUUACAUUGGUGCAGCAUUGACCUUGUUCAUCAUGUAUAUGAUUUAUCAUUAUUUGGGGUGA